AUGUCACUGAAUGACUGCUCUCCCUGCCCCUCUGGCUUCUUUUGUAACAGCACUGCUCUGACAGAUCCGUCUGGACCCUGCAGUCCAGGACAUUUUUGUUCCCUGGAGUCCACCGAGCCUUCCCCUGUCUCUCAACCUUACGGUGAUAUUUGUCCCAUGGGUCACUUCUGUCCUGAAGGUAGUGGGUCACCCAAACCAUGUCCUGUUGGUAGUUUCCUCCCAGAGCCUGGAGCUUUCUCUCUCUCUCAAUGCCGCCCUUGUCCUCCAGGGAAAUACUGCCUUAAUCCUGGAGCUUCACAGACCUCAGGCUUCUUCUGUUCUGGAGGUGCUGACAGUCCUACACCUCAAGCCAACUCAUCUUUGUUCAGCUGUCUUCUCAAAAUACUGGAGCUUUCUACUAUGAUGACAGAUGCCACCUUCUGGAAGCACAAUCUUUCCUGCUCCAAUUACUCUGUUAAUUCAGGCAGUGAUGCUAGCUGGAUCAAGGUGGUGACGGUGCCAUGGGCAGAUUCAGAUUAUUAUGUGAAUCACUCUGCAUCACGUCUCAAGAGUCCACAUUAUUCCUGCUCCACCUACCAAGGAGAUGUAUGCCCUAGGGGUUUCUAUUGUCCUUUGGGCUCUGCUUAUCCUCACCCCUGUGAGGCAGGUUUUUACUGUAACCACACUGGCCUAGAUGCUCCAUCAGGACCCUGUGCAGCAGGGUAUCACUGUCCUCGAGGCUCCGCAGACCCUUAUGUCCACCAUUGCCCUAUUGGAUACUACUGCCCUCUUGGGACUCCACUUCCUCUUCCCUGCCCUCUUGGAACUAUAAAAAGUUCCCUGGGUGGAGCAACAACUGAGGCUUGCCAGCCUUGCCCUCCAGGUCACUUCUGCCACAAAAGAGGGAUCGCUGAGCCAAGUGGCCACUGUGCAGAAGGCUUCUACUGUCCUGAAGGACAGAUUUCUGAAAGACCACAACAACAUGUCUGCUCAGUGGGACAUUACUGUGAGAAGGGCAGUUUCAGACAGACACUCUGCUUUCCCGGUAGCUACCAGUUCAGACAAGGCCAAGGGAGCUGUGAGAUAUGCCCUGCCGGUUUCUAUUGUCAUGUUCAAGGAACAAGCCUUCCACUUUCUUGUGAGAAAGGAUUUUACUGCCCCAGAGGAUCAGGAAAUCCACAUCCCUGUCCAAUAGGGACCUAUGGAAACAUGUCAGGACUAGCUGAGGAAUUACAGUGCACCCCGUGUGACCCUGGCAUGUACUGUAAAGGAACAGGGAGGAGUUUUCCCAGUGGGCUGUGUGCUGCAGGAUUUGUUUGUGUUGGAGGAGCCUCUGUACCUUCGCCAUCAGACUAUAUGACGGGGUUCCUAUGUCCUCCUGGGUUCUUUUGCCCUGAAGGAACUUCUGUACCGAAACCGUGCCCAAAAGGAACUUUCGGUGAACAGAGUGGGCUUGUAGAUGAUUUUCAGUGUCAGAGCUGCACCCCGGGCUUUUACUGUUCAGAGUCUGGUCUCAGUGCAGUUUCUGGACCCUGCCUGCCAGGUUUCUACUGUCUUGACGGAUCUCAGUCUGCUACUCCAGUCUCAGGUGUAUCUGGGGGUGUUUGUCCAGCUGGCCAUUACUGUUCAGAGGGCAGCAGUGUUCCCUCACCUUGUCCAGCUGGCUUUUACCAAAAUGAAGCGGGUGGAAAAGGCAAAGAUGACUGCAAACCAUGCCCUCUUGGCUGGUUUCAGGAAUUGCCAGGACAAAAAGAAUGUAAUCUUUGUCCUCCUGGGUACCAUUGUCAGUCUCUGAGUCCCAGUCCCACCAGGGGGACUUCCAUAGGAGUGUCCAGCCCUGUGCCCUGCCCUGCGGGGUAUAUAUGUCCCGGGGAGAGUGCGGACAGUCAGCCUGUACCUUGUCCCAAAGGCACUUACAACCCCAGCCAGGGUCUGACCACCACAGGUCAGUGCUUGCUGUGUCCAGCAGGUCAAUUCUGUGGGUCUGAAGGUUUGGCUGAGCCCUCAGGAUGGUGUGCUGCUGGAUUUCUUUGUCUGAUUGGUGCAAAGGUGCCAAAUCCAACUGACAACAUAACUGGAUCUCUGUGUCCCUCUGGGGUUUUCUGCCAGCAAGGGCUUAAAGCAGGAGAUUGCCAGGCAGGGUUUUUUUGUGACUGGGGCUCCAGCAAAGCAGAUCAGGCUCUCUGUCCAGCUGGUUUCUUUUGCCCCAGUGGAACACCGGUCCCUUUACCUUGUCCUGCAGGAACAUUUAGCUCUGAACUGGGCAACAUUCAUCAAGACAACUGCACCACCUGUGUUCCAGGAUUUUAUUGUCAAGGUGAGGGUACUGUCCAGCCUGCAUUGUGUCCUGUUGGACACUACUGUCCUGCAGGUCUGAUUCACAGAUUGGAGUUUCCUUGUCCUGCUGGCACUAUGCAAAGCCAACUCGGAGCCUCUAGUCUCGAUGCCUGUCAGCUCUGUCCUGCUGGAAUGUUCUGUGCUCAGUCUGGUUUGUCACAGCCCACAGGUCUUUGUCAGGCAGGAUAUUCCUGCCCUGAAGGGUCAAGUAGCCCAAACUCAACUGGGAGUCAGUGGAACUCCACCAGAAGCCAUCUUUGUCCAUCUGGCCAUUACUGCCCAUCUGGGACUGGCCAUCCACUCCCUUGUCCUUCUUGA